UCAUGGGCCUCUACAUGCUCGAUUGGUGGGAGCGCUACCUCUUCAACAUAUUAAUCCUUAUUUUGCUCUGGUUCAUCUGCUACAAUGGAUCUCGUUUCGCAACUGAGUUCUAUGAAAGGUAAAAUCUCUUUCCCUAAUUUUGUUUUCUA